AUGAAGUACGUGGAGAUGGUUCUUGCUGCUUCCGAGGGUAGGAGGAUCGACAACAAGCCUCUGGCCCAGUCACUGGAUGAUCUCAGAGAGCUGCUUUAUGACUCAGAGGAUGUGAUGGACGAGCUCGACUACUACGGACUCCAGCAGCAGAUCGAAGAAGGUGCUUCAUUUCUCUCUACUGUUCCAUUUUGGUUGCUUUCAACUUCUUUUAUAUCGCUUUUGUUAAAUUUUCUAUGCGAAAGUCCUUUCUUCUAUCUUAUCCACACGCUUUCUUUCGAGCGGAGCGGCCAUGGUGGAGCAAGGCAGCGCGCGGACGGCAAAGGGCGGCGACGGACGGCACCCGACCCGUCCCGCCACCCGGCCUACGACUUUGUGCCCGUCCCCGACGGCUUGCCCGCGGGCACCCCGGAGACGGUGACGGCCACCAUGGAGCACAUCUUUGCCGUCAACAGCUCCUGCGAGGCGCCGUUCUGGGAGCGCCUGGCCGCCCUGCUGGAGGCUCCCGGCGCCAGGGACCAGGUCGCGUGCCUGGUCGCCGACGCGCACCUGUUGGCCCUCGUGCGCGUGGCGCGGCGGCUGGGCGUGCCGACGCUGGUGCCCCCGCACCGGCAGCGCCGCCUGCUUCCGCAACUUCGUGGCUACCCGGUGCUCUGCCACAAGGGCUACCUCCCGGUGAGGGCUGAGUCGCAGCUGGACGCGCCGGUGAGGGAGCUACCGCCGUACCGCAUCCGGGACCUGAUGGGCGCCAACAGCAACAGCCGUCACGAGCACGAGCUAAUGUGCAAGCUGCUGUCCCGGGCAGUCGAGGCGAUGCGAAGCUCUGCGGGGUUCGUCUUCAACCCCUUCGACGCGCUGGAGGCCGACGACCUGGCGGCCACCCGGCGCGACCUCGCUGGCGUGCCCGUGUUCGCCGUUCGUCCGCUCCACAAGCUCUCCCCGGCGUCGUCCAGCAGCCUCCUUCAGCAGGACCGCUCCUGCCUCGACUGGCUGGACGCGCAGGCCCCGGCGUUCGUGCUCUACAUCACCUUCGGGAGCCUGGCGAGCAUGAGCGGUGCCGACCUGGACUCAUGUUAUGCAGCUUUGUGGUGUCGACAAGUGAGUGCUGCCCUCUCAAUUCUUUUGUUGGAUAUAUGGAGUAUUUGUACAAUGUUAUUUCUUUUUCAGUCUGAUUAGUAACUAGAAGUUAUUCUUACUGUAGGUAUGCACUUGAUGCUUAUGCAAUAUUUUGUGCGGGUAGGGCGAGGGAGGUGGUACCUGAUGAUCACAAGUUAGUUGAUUACUCGAAUUAUGUUUUCUUUAAGUUGCCCAUAGCACAUGUAGUAUUCUCGACACAUAAAUUUUAACAAAUUGCUCUGAGCUUUAUAGUUUCAUGGCUUUGUGA